AUGUAUUGCACGAGGUGCAACAAGAAAGGACACACUGUCCAUUUUUGCAAAGAACCAGCUCAACAAACUGCCCCAACGGCGAAUACAGGAGUGAGCCGCUCUUGCUAUGAAUGUGGAGAAACAGGGCAUAUUAAGAGGGAUUGCUCGAAAACAAGGAAUGCACGAGGAGUGGGAAGGGUAGUGACGAUGGGACAUGAGCAGGCAGUAGCAGACCCAACCAUGGUUACGGGUACAUUUCUCCUCAAUGACUCUUAUGCAUGCAUACUGUUUAAUAGUGGAGCGGAGAGUAGUUUUGUGAGCCACCAGUUUAAACAUUUACUUAAUCAAAUACCAAAACAAUUAAACGAAACAUUCACCGUUGAAAUGGCAAAUGGAAAGACAGAAAACACUAAUGAUAUAUACGUAGACUGUACCCUCUCAGUAAACAAUCGUUCUUUUCAAAUCAACCUCAUGCCAGUCUCAAUAAAAUUUUUUGAUGUCAUCGGCGGAAUGGAUUGGCUAUGUCCCCAUCGUGCUGAUAUUUUAUGCUACAAAAAGGUCGUUCACCUUAAUCUGCCAAAUGGCAAUACCCUCAUCAUCUAUGGCGAUAAACCCAAUACAAAUCUUUCCUCAUUUCUUGUAUUAAUGCUCGUAAAUAUCUAA